CCUGUUUGGUCUAGAAAGGACAUUGAUAACACAUUUACGGUGACACUUUUGGGUUGGUUGUUGAUAAGAGUAUGUACAUAUUGUAGUUGCUUAUCCUUGAUCCGUUAGUAUUGCCGCUUACACUAGAUAAGCACUGUGAUUACAAUGCUUCUCAUUUACGUUUUCAGUCUUUUUGUUCUGUCUGUGUGUACCUCGGACGACAUACGGACUCUGAAAACCCUUGUACCUAUCGACCAGUUUAAUGCACUGAAACUUAAACUUGAAAACUUGGAGGCGGAACACAAGGAACAAUUAAAAACACAAUCUGGAGAAAUAAUUAAGCUUCAGGACGAAGUGGCGGAGCUACGACACACCGUGAAACAGAUACACAGCACAGGAGGCUUUUCUGAAAGGCAUGGCGAGUGGAGCCUUCCUUUAAACGAGACUGCCAUUUCGAAGAGUCGCAAGUCAAACAAGGACCAGAGAGAAACGGUUGAGGAACAUCAUCAUAAAAUGAGACUUUCCGGCUACCACACGCACUGGAAUGACACAACUUCCUCUUCCACUCCUAUCCCAUACAUACGUACAACUCCAUGUACGUGCACUACUUCCGGUACACCCACAGCACAACCCGGAACGGAGGGCGGAACUUUCUCGACUAAUACCAAUAUUACAAAUGGGGCGAGUACUCGCAGCCAAGUGUCGUUUUACGCUCGCCUUUCCACAAGCUUCUCCAAUGUGACUGAAGGUGAAGGAAUCAUAUUUCAGACGAUAAUCACAAACGACGGUUUAGGGUACAGCGGAUCAUCCGGGAUCUUUACCUGUCCAGUAGAGGGUAUGUACGUAUUUUCCGUCACCAUAGUAACCAUUCAGAACAAGCUACUGGAGUGUUCUUUAGAGAAGAAUGGUCGAAUGGUGGGACGAGUGUACAGUGGGGUAGAGCACUUCCACAACUCCGGCUCGAUGACUGUGAUAUUACAUCUUAAUGCUGGGGAUCAUGUCAAUGUCCAUGUAUAUCGCAGUUUUCAGGAGACAGGCGCCAUACUCAGUGCCAUAUAUACCACCUUUUCUGGAUUUCUACUGUAUUAAACAUAAUGAUUAUGUUAAUGCCAAAGUGACUAGUGAGAUAUGGAGGUAUGAUGUUAUUUUGUUUGUGAACAUUCUUCCAUUGUUUUAUCUAUAAUAUAUAUCAAAAUAUGCUAAUUGUUUUAGUGUCGUCAAACACAAGCGGAUACUUAGUCAAGUGAUUGGUUCUAAUUUACAUAAAGUAUUCUUGAUAA